AUCAAUUUCAAAGAAAUAAAUACUCUGAGUGGAUGAAAUCUGUGUUAAUGAAGAGAACUUUGCUGCCAGAUGGAAAGUUUUUGUUCUGGUGGGAGGUGAUUAGAUCUGCAAUUGUUUGGCUGGCUUGUGUCUACGAUGGUUUAUUGUAUUAUUAUUGGGAGAAUAAUGUUUAUAUCGAGUUUGUUUUGGCGUUUAUAUUUUUUUGUGUUAUGUUAGUAGACAUGUAUUUACAAAUGCAUGUUUGUUACUACAACGAAAACAACAUUCUGGUUCUCCAUCCGAAAGCAACAGCAUCGCAUUACCUAAAAACUCGUUUCUGCAUUGAUAUGUUUGGGAGUUUCCCAAUCAAACUCAUUUUGAUAAUCAGACUCUACGUGACCAGUCAAAGAAAAUUUGCGUACCGAGAUUUUCAUAUUUUGGGAUUAAAUAAAUACAUAUUAUUAGUAAGGACAAGAGAAUUCUGGAAUAUGGACGAGUUUCUUGAAAAUCGCAAAAUGUUAAAAUUUGGAAUUUUAAUGUUUUGCUCAGCAUUUGCAUUGCUCAAUCUUCUAGCAAACAUUUUAAUGAUAACAACCUAUCGUUUUGCGUAUCUCUAUGAUGUAAUACACAAUAUUGGUAAUUUUCUACCGGAUCUAACCUACACAAACUUUGAAUUCUAUAUAAUAUGCUUAAGAAAGGUAUCGUUUGAAUUCUUCCUGGUUUCUUGUAACAUGAAUAAUGAAAAUGAACUAAUGGACAUGAAAAAACUACGGCUUACUAUGUUCAACACUACUUUAGGUUAUAUUAUGCUUGGAGUAACAACCGCAUACUUUGUAGCUAUGUAUCAGAUUCGUCAACAAGGAAAUACAUUCACUGAAGACUUGAAAUGUUUGCUGCUAUUUCUGAAAACGUUUAAAAUCUCAAAGACUACAAAUGACACUGUAAUGCUUUAUGUGUAUAGUAAUUCCUCCCGACCUUAUCAAGCACACGGUAUUAUCUACGUGAAAAAUCAUCGAAUUCUUUACGAUGAUAUUCAAGAGUUUCUACAUCUAAGCACUCUAAAUCAAAUUAAAUUUAUGUUAUUGGAGGAAGCAUCUAAACGCGCAUUGUCCAGCCAUCUUGUCGAAUCUUUCCACUCCAAAUGCGACAUUUUUGAAGUCAAUGAAAUCAUUGAUACAUUAUACAUCGUGAAAUCUGGACAAGUGCAUUUACUGGCAAGUGAUUCAACAAUUAUUGAAGUCUUGGAAGUUGGUAGCAUAUUUGGUAACUUUGACAAUGUCAAUAUGACUCGAUCCAUGGUCACAGCAACAUGCAGAGGCACAGAAAACAUGGUCAUAUUAUUGAAAAUAAAAACAACACAAUUCUAUGAAUUAAUCACGAAUAGUUUAACAUCUACAUUGAAUGAUUAUUGUUUAUCAGGGAAUAUAAUUUGUAUUCCAGAGAAGAAACAAGUGGAAAGUACAACUGAAGAAGUAUCAUAUAAAUCUAUACUUCAGAAGACGCAAGAUAUAUUGUUGGAUAGAAAAAUGCCAUCAAUAAUGUCUACUUUCUAUUUAAUCAUAGCAAUUGCUUCAUUUUGUUGCAACUGGAUUCUCAUAACGUCGCCUGAAGAGAUAUUUCAUUGGAGUCUUAUUUUGAUCUGUUAUGAAUUGGAUUUUUUAACAGUAAUCAAACUGUUGGUUAUGAUCUGCUCAGAAUUAUCAAGAAAUGUUUCAUUGAGAAAAACAUUGACACAUAAAUGUGUAAUUAUUGAAUUGCUAUCAUUGAUUCCUAUUGAACUAGCAACCAUGUUUGAAUUGAAUGUUUGGUUCCAAUUGUUACACUUCAACAGACUUCUAAGAAUCUAUUGUUUACCAAAGUAUUUCAAGUCAAUACAAAAGCAAAACCCCUCAAAAACAAUAUUUAUCCAAACAUGCGCCAUUUUGGUUUAUAUGAUGUUGGUUAUCUACAUGGGAUUUUGUAUCUUCCUAUACGAGAAUCAUACGCAAUUGUUACAUUCUUUGUUUUUGACAAUAUCGUACGUUACAUUUAGAGGACAACAUUACGUGCCUCAAACAGCCACUUCGAUAAUAAUGCUCCUGCUGUACCUCUUGAUAACACGAAUGUUAUUCAUAAUAUUCUUUGCGAAUCUACUGAGUAUGUUCAAACUGAAAUAUCACUACCUUUUAACCUUCAAUCACAAUAUCAAGCGAAUCUAUCGCGAUAUUAUUAACUUGAAAGCGUCACAAAGUUUUGAAGAGAAGAUUAUCAUUAAUACUGAACAUGCCUGGUUGGUGAACAGAGGCAAACUUUCAUCGUAUUACUUAUCAGCAUUGCUGCCAUCCAAACCUAUUCUCAAUCUAUUGAAAAACGAAGCAUUUGGGUAUUUAAUCUAUCAUAAUCCUGUAUUUGAUGGGUGUCAUAAGGAUUUCAUGAAACAAAUGAUUGGAUUCAUGGAAGUGGGGCUGUUUCUGCAUGGUGAUAUUAUUUGUCAUGAAGGUGACUUGAAUGGAAUGAUGUAUUUCAUUUUUUAUGGGCAUGUAGAAGUGGUCAACAAUAGGAAUUUGAAUAUGGUGGUUGAUGCUCUGCAUGAUAGGGAUUGUUUUGGAUUGAUGCAAGGACUUCAUGCAACAUUAAGACACACUUUUACGUUUCAAUCAAAGAAUAUAUCACAGAUUUGCAGCCUUAAGCUACAAGACUGGCAGCAUUUGUUGAACUUUUUCCCUGCAUCCAAGUUUUCCAUAUACAAUAACAUCAAGAACAUCAAAAAAAUGAAACAUCAAGUUCAACCACAAAUUUAGUUUUCCUCCAAUCUGCCAAGCAGAAAGAGUGCGCAGCAAAGUGAUGACGGGUUCGGUGGCUGCGAGAGGGCUCAUCAUCGCAUCCAUCACCACCUCUUCAACGGUUGUUUGUCCAUUAUCUUCGUUUGUUUUGCCCGCUUUUUAAUGGAAUAAUGACAGCCAUCUUGCAGCGAACAUACACGCGCAAAUUUCCACCCAGCAUCAGAAGGGCGAUAAUAACAAUGCUCCAACACUUCGCACCCGAUUUCGCGAGAGACGCGACACGACACGCUUGUGUGUUUUGUGUAAGUUGCGAAGAGGUGAUUCCGGCGAGAAGAUGCGCGCAAAAAUUAUCGGCGCGCUAACGAGCCGUCGGUCUCUUAACCCUGUUAUUAGAGCAAACACUUUCGGUGAUAAUUGCCAAAGUCAACAGCCAGCCGCGGGCGAAAUUCGCAACGCGCAAGUUGUGCAAAUAAAAACGAGAAAAUGGGAAAGAAUAUGAGCUACCUCUGCGUGGCAUGUGACGGUGGUGGUGACGAUGGUAAUUUUGCGGUUUUUGCAAGACGUCAAGCAAAGAGUUAGCAAUCAUCACCUUGCAAAACACGCACAUUUGAAAGCUUGAACUUUAUUCACACAUCUGCAUGUGAAAUUAAUAUUUUUACUUGUUGUAAUUUUUUCCUAAUUACAAUUUUGAUUUAAAUCAAA